AUGUACGGCUACCGAGCAGGUGCUCGAAGACAUAUGCACGUACCUGCUGGACGGUCUCCUCCAAAGAAACGCUGCAAACUUUCUCUUAUUGACAAUCAAUCCGGUGAGGCACGUGAAGCAGAAGAGUAAGCUGAUUUCUUUUUAAUUUCUGUUUUGUUAUUGUUUGAAGGGUGAGAUAGAUUUCAAUCAGUAUUUCACAAUAUUUUGAUUCUGUCGGUGAAAUAACAUAAAUUUAUUUUUGUACCUAAAUUUCAGACCAACUCUCAACGAAAAACACUUUGACGACGCUUUUGCUGGCUUUGGCGAUCUAGAUUUCUCCGGACUUCAGCGUAAUUUGGGUGACGACGAGGCAGGCGGUCUCAAUGAUAUUGUUGUUAUACGGAAGCCUAUAACCGAAGAAGAUCGGGCCAAAACUAACAUCAAAUUGGGGGUUUCUCCAAGAAAGGAUAAAACCACUCCGCCAUUUAAACCUGUCAAUGAGACGUUAGUUUUGUUUUAUUGAUUUCUUCCAUAUUUAGGUAACAUUUCGGAAUUCUUUGUUUGAAUGCAUGGAUAAUAUAGUCGUAUGCGAUUUUAGUCAAAUUAGAGGUUAAAAUUUGCUGCAGCUAUCCGCACAGGUGCUAAAGGGGGUGUUCAAUAUAUGAAUGCAAUGAUUGGAGCCGUUCUCCCGUUGGGGUGUCAUGGUCUAAUUGAUCAUGGGGGAGACGGCUGUCAGUCUCUCCUUUAGCUGCCAACGCGAACAUUACUAUUCAUACAUUACUGUUUGUACUAGCCGAGCCUUUUGACUUCCUUGCGGGUUGACUCUUGCGGGAAUAUUCUUUCAAUUCGCCUAUCUAUUUUUUGACUUUGUUUUAGGAUUGUCUUGGAUGAUUAUACGGACACUGAGGAGUCGAACGACGUUGAGCUAGGUUAGUUCCUACUUGCAGUCUUAGGAUAUUCUUUCAUAUUUUAGUUGAAGUUCCUUUAACCGAGCGGGAAAAAGCCGCCAAUUUUUUUUCGAACGUCCGUUUUUCAACAUUGCCCGCUGGAAAGAAGAAGGGCCUGAAUUUGGAGAAACCAUUACUGUUUAAUAAAAAGAAAAAGCGCGGAACUAAAGGUAGUACCGUCUAUGCUUUUUAGUUAUUCUGUUUAGAUGACGAUAUUAUAUUCCUGCCGAGUCCACCAAAGGCAAGUGUAAUAUCGGCUGGGAAUUCGAAUCAGAUCUUUCUCAGUGAUACUGCUUCCAAGGUCCUGGUAGGUCUAUUUGUUUGUUUUUUUUACGUUUAGAACAUGGAAUUCAAGUAUAUUAUAUUAUCCUUCAGACAACUCCUUGGCACAAUAAAUGCGAAGAGGUAGGAACUAAAGUCAGAAGAAGUGCAAGGAUAGCAUCUCACAAAGGUAAAUUUAAAUAAAUUUAGUGCUAUCUUUGUGGUCUAGAAGUUGUUGUGAUUACUGAUAAAGAAUGUGAGAAAUCGGAAAUUUUUUAUUUUUUUAUCAAUUUUCAGCGAUUUCGCAAGUCCAAAGUAGCAGCAAAAGUGCCGUGGAACCAGUCGUAGUAAGUGUUUGGAUAAUUUUCUUUAUUUUUGCCGAUUAUUUUAUCUGAUUUUUGUAUUUUUAGACACAACAAUUUAAUAUUUCUGCGCCCACCACUAAAACAAGCGGCAGGAAAGCAAAAAAGAAACGAGCUGCAUUUCUAAGGGAACAGCUUGCUGAGGCCCCUAACGAUCAACCAGUUAGUUCACAGGAACCUAUGGAGGUUGAUCCGAAGCCCAAAGAAGAAGCCAUGGAUGUUGAUUUAGGUAACAAAAGGGAAGAAGACGAUGUUGUUUUGAUAGAAAAUGUGUCCGAUGACAAUAGAAAUAAACAAGGAAUGGGCGGGAAACUUAGAAGGUGCAUGGUUCCGGCUAAAAAGGUAUGAUUUUAGAUAUUGUACUUGAGGUUAAUACCUAAAAAGUUUUUUGAUAUUUUUGUUUGAUGUUUGUGUUUUUAGAGCAAUCCACUGCCCCCUAAUGGAGUUCCAAUCUCUGUUUGCACUUACAACGUUCUCUGUGAGUCGACUCGUCUUCGCUGCGAACAUCUCUAUAAAUCCUGCGAUGAAUCCAGUCUCCCAUGGUCUGUUCGAUGGAAGAAGUUGUGCAAAUUCUUCAGAGAGAAUUACGCUGACAUCUAUUGCAUUCAAGAGGUCGAAGAGAAAUAUGUUACGACACAUUUCCGCUCUUUUUUCAGCGAAAGUAAGUUGUUUUAGGCCGUAUAAUACAACGUUUGAUUGAAUAGGAUAAUUUUUUUGGUAUUUUUAGGAGGAUUUGGUUAUAUUUACACGGCAAGGGGCAAUGGAAACCCUGAUGGAUGUAUGAUCGCGUACAAUCUGAAAGAAUUAAAGAGGAUUGAAGGGGAUCAUGAACACAUCUUCUACAAUCAUAAAGUAGAUGGAUUCAACAAGGAUAAUGUUGGUGGGUUUCAAAAUUUUUGAUUUGAUUUUGUUUUUAGGUCAAUUGCUCCGCUUUGAACAUCUGAAAUCAGGUCUGAGGUUCAAUGUGAUCAACACUCACAUAUUAUUCAACAUGAGGAGAGGAGAUCUGAAGUUAGGACAACUGAUUAUCCUCUUAAACAGGAUACAUGAGAAUACUAAUCACACUGACCCCAAGUUUGUCGGCAAUAUUGUCUGUGGAGACUUCAAUAUGGACCCGCGGUCGCUGUUAUACGACUUUGUCAGACAGGGCAUUCUUAGAGUGUCGAAAAAGAUGGCUUAUCACCUCGCUCUUAGUCCCCAUAAAUGUAUGAAAGAAUCAAAGUAUCACGUGGUCGAUGUUAAACCAUCAAGGAUUGGAUUGACUUAUAAUUGCACACGACUAGAAAGAAAGGGUAGGAUUUGAUAUCUAGGGUUUUAUGGAUAAUGUAAAAGUUUAUACGUUUUUGGUCUUAUAGGUUUUGUGAAUGAACAAACUUCGUACAGCCACCCAAUGAAAUUCCUCUCGGCGUAUGAACACAGAACUGAGAAGGGACAGCCGGAGGUUUCCACCAGACAUUUAGAUUUUGGGUGCCCGGACUUUAUUUUCUAUCAAGGGGUGGUAAGUAUGGGGUUGGCUUUGUGGGUUUUGGUAGAAUUAUCUAAAUGAAUGGUUUCAAGGCAUUUCAUGAUGAUUCAUACUCGAUUUUAUGAGACUACCUCGGGGUUUUUUUAUUCUACAAUGCAAUAUUUUUUGAUUUUUUUCUUUUUUUUUCGGGGUGUUAUGUUGAUUUUGGUUUAAGAAGGAUGGACUAAUGAUUUGUGAUUAUUUUCAGGCAGGUCCAGGUGGCACGCCGCAAGAAGAUCGCAUCCAAUUAUUCCAAAGACUCCGUCUCCCAUCGCUCGGUGAAAUUGACAAAUUGGUCGGCCCCAUGCCCAAUCAAGAAUGCGGGUCAGAUCAUCUCCCUCUUUUGGCUGAAUUCGUCAUAUCAUAA